UUUAUCAACUUGCAUUUUGACGUGCUUUCGAAUUGCUAGGUGGGCAGGAGCUGGGACCGAGCAACGGGAGCUCACCCCGUCACAGGGAUUCGAACCGCUGACCUUCUGAUCAGCAAGCCCUACGCUCAGUGGUUUAACCCACAGCGCCACCUGGGUCCCUGGGUAUGUCAUCUAGCAUGCAGAUUAAAGAUAAAUAAACCUUCUUUCCCUCUUUGGCAGCUUCCAUAAGAUACUCGUGCCUUUUGGUUUUUAGCUCUGCUGGGUUUAUGUUUAUUUUUUGCUCCUUUAUGGUUUUCAUUAGUAAAAUUGAGAAUUAAUCACAUUUGUUAAGCAACAGAGCACUUGCUGCUUCCAGUUAGUUACCGUAGAUGAGUUGGUGAAAUGUGGUGACGGCAGCAGGGAAGGCUUCCAUAUAAACCAGAUUCAGCAUUCAUUUGUACAUGUGUUACAGAACAUAAUGUGUUUGCCGAUAAAACCUGUUGCUGUGAAUUGAGGCCAAAUAUCUCGUAAGUAGAAAGCGUGUUUUCUCUCCUUCUCCCACCUAGUAUAGGAGAUAGAUACGAUCACGCUUCUCACCAUGAAAGCUGGCAGCCAAGGCUGUUGUAGGUUGUUGUCACUUUUUAUUUCCUGAUUGGCAAGAAUAUAUUUCCAUAGCACGGAGCAGCAGCAGACCCGUGGGAUGAAAAUAAAUCUACUAACUUUCUUUUGAGUGUUCGCAGCUCAUUCUUCACCUGCUGUAGCAGCUUGACUUUGCAAUAAAUAAAAAUACACAUCAGAAAGUCUAAUGCCGCAAAUCAGUCACACAUGGAGAGUGAAGGAUUUCCUCCCAAUGCAAAUAGUAGCUCCAAAAGAGUGGUCUUUGAGAGGUCUGCAGCAGGUGAUGAAAUGGUUAAACUCCGCUUCCCAAUCUGCUGUAGCCCUGAUAAUUAUCAACCUACCGGUGGCUGGCUGCUAUGUGCAUUUUUUAUGCCAAGAUGCAUUUAACUUUGUUGAGAUCAGAAGCUUUCGUUGUAGUUUUAAUAGGGACAGGGGUUCCAAAGAAGAUGACUAAACUAUUUAAGUAUGCGUCAACAGCAACUAGAAUAUUAUAUGCACAGAAAUGGAAAGAGCAGGUUUCAAUGAAGGAAGAGUGGCUUUUGAAAGUAGAGGACUGUGCAAAAAUGGCAAAGCUGACAGCGAAAUGAAGAUAUCAAAACGAACUUUUUAUAGAAGAAUGGAGGCCUUUCGUGGACUAUUGAAAAAAAAAUACUAUAGUCAAAUGAAAUCAUGGGCAGGAUUUGAGAUAAAAGCAGUGGAAGAAAAAUUAAACAAUUGUAAUAGAGAUACUUUUUGUAAUAAAUAAAGAUAUACUGUAAUGCAGUAGAAAAGAUUUGAGUAAAGCAUGGUGGGGUUGGGAAGUCAUGAAUCAGUGUAAUGAUUUGAGAAAUGAAAAACAAAUUGUACAGCAAAGGGCUCCUUUGUUGGUGAAAAUAACCACCUAACUUAAAUUCAUUAAAGGUAGGUAGCCGUGUUAGUCUGCUGUAGUUGGAAAAAAAAAUCCCUUCCAGUAGCACCUUAGAGACCAACUAAGUUUGUCAUUGGUAUGAGCUUUCGUGUGAAGUAGUAAAGGUGCCUCUGGACAUGUGCAGAGUGUACACCUCCACACCCCCGCAACUCUGAAUAACCACAUGUGCACUUAAGCAAAGGCAAAUGGGGCAUACAUUUCAAGUACAUUUCCAAGCAGUUCAAGGGGUCUUAGUUUUUUUCUUGUGGCAAAUAUCCGCGUGUGACCUCAGGCGUGGCCUUCAGGGGAUGACAUGAGAUGAUUUUUCCCAUCCAUCUCCCUCUCUCUUAUAGGUCUGAUGUCAAGUGCAUUCUGCGUGUUCUUGGCAGGCAAGCGAUUGCUACGGUUACAAAUGAGCACCAGUUGGCACCUGUUCUGCCUUGUAACCAAGUCUAAGGACUGUCGGUUUUUCUUGCAAGCACCUUAGCUCAAAACGUGGGACUUCUUGCAAGCAGCUUUGCCUGGGAAAGCUUCUCUGGCAGGGGUGAAAAAAGUGGUCACUGGUUUUUAGUUCGCCGUAUUGGAACUUGCAUGGGAGGAAUUCCGAUCGGCAAGACAAAAACACGUCAGGAAAUCUUGACCAGACCUUUGCAAUCAGGGUGCCAGCUCUUUCUCCCUGGCUGUCCUUUGCUUAGACGAAGCGAAGCAGGCAGAAGCAGUCAAGGGGUGGAAACGGUCAAAUUUGGCAUCGUUCACGGGAUGAAGCGGCCCCUGAGCCCACCCCACUCCCCAGGGAGGAGCAGCAUCUUUGGGACCCUCACAGAGAGCUCUGGUAUAGGGUGCGCACCAGAGCCGCGCACAAAAAGGGAGAAGAAGCACCCGUCGUUCACGCUCUGUGAGGUGUGCAAUAUCCAGCUCAAUUCAGCAGUACAGGCCCAGAUCCACUACAAUGGCAAGUCUCACCAGAAGCGCCUCAAGCAGCUCAACAAAGGCAAAGUGCUGCCACGCCAAGGUCCAGCCAGCCACAAUAGCUCCCUCUUGACAUCGCUCCCCAUCCCAGGACGGUCCCUGCAUUCGCCGCUGGACAUCAAGCACUUCCUGACCUUCCGCUUCAAUGGGGCCCCCCAGCUCAACCUCUUCCCCAACUUCAACACGAAACUGGGCUGCUUGUCUUAUGCAGGAGGUCAUUGCCAGCAGAUAGACUAUGUCUCAUUGGAAGAUGAGCAGAUGGAUCCAGUACAGAAAGCAGUGAUCAACCACACUUUUGGUGUCCCCAACCUACUCAAGAAAAAGCAGUUCAUCUCUUGUAAUAUUUGUCACCUCAGAUUCAACUCUGCGAAUCAAGCUGAGGCGCAUUACAGAGGCCACAAGCAUGCCCGGAGACUCAAAGCCAUUGAAGCGGUGAAAAACAAGCAGAAGUCUGUGGAUGGCAGCGGCGGCCAAGAAAAAACGGCUGCUGACUUUGACACCGCGCUAGACCUCAGCGGAGACACCGGCCACAGCAAUGCAGCACAAUCCAACGGCCUGCUGGGAUUGAAUCAGCCGGCAGCAGAGCCCUGCAGCCUCAUCCUGAUGUCCCCUGUUGAGGAGUCACCUGCCGAGCUGGCUGGCGGAAUCCUGUCCCUUGUCUCCCCGCCUGUUUCGGAGCCGUCGGAAGGAGCUCCAGACACUGCAAGUGUGUCGUCGUCGUCUGCGGCACCUGGAGCGGAGACUCCAGCCACUGAACUGGGCAGAAGCACCAGCUCAGCGCCAGACAUGGAGAAAGAGGGCAAGAAGAGCAAGCAGCACCUAUACUGUCCCACUUGCAAGGUGACAGUUAACUCUGCCUCUCAGCUCGAGGCUCACAAUUCUGGAGCAAAGCACAAGUCAAUGCUGGAAGGCCAAGCCGUUCUGCCAAGGCGAGGCAGGGGGAAGAUCCUCUCUCGAGUAGGGCACAAGCCCAAGCGGAUUGGCAGCAAAGGCAGCCUCAGCAUCCAAAACAAAGCCUUCCAGUGCCAGGUGUGCGAGAUCUUUGUCAACUCAGAAACCCAGCUCAAUCAGCACAUGAACAGCAGGCGGCACAAGGACAGACUGGCAGGAAAGCCAGCAAAGCCCAAAUACAGCCCAUACAGCAAGCUGCAGAAGAAUACGGCCCUGGCAGUGAGUAUUCUGAAGUCCAAACUGGCUUUGCAGAAGCACCUUACGAAGACCUUGGCUGCACGGUUCCUGCCGGGCCCCCUCACCCCAGCCACCAUGUGCGCUCUCCCCAGCCCACUAACGCUCCGACCAGCUGCCGCUACCCUCUUCCAAGCUCCCAUCUUUGGACCAGCGCUUUUCCGAACCCCCCCAGGCCCUGUGCGAGCGGCUACGGGCCCUAUCGUCUUUGCCCCCUACUAGAGAACUUUGGCACGGUUUUUUUGGUUCAUUUAGUUAACCAAUGUGGGGAAGAUCAGAGGGAAAGCAGUACAGGAAAGGAGGGCGUCUUAAUCAGGCUGCACUCUGAGCAGAGGCAAAUCAGAAACCUUCCACUGCUUUAAGCGCCAAUCUUUUUCGUCUCUGUUUCUGCCUAUGUCAUUGUUUCAAUUACACAUUGGGGAGAGAGAGUAUUCCCCUCCGUCCGCCUGUGUUGUCCUCCCUCUUAGUUUCAGGCAGGCCUGCACCAGGUUUUUUUGAGGCAUUGGUUGAUCUACCUAGGAGCACAACCCACCUUAUCUAGGUGAGCAGGUGGAGCUUGUCAAGAACAUUUGGUUAAUUAGAAAUCUGGACAUCUGGAGGUGCCAUUUUACACAGGGUGACUGCGAUCCAGUAGCCAUGUGAGAUCCAGUGUCUGGGUUUUGCUGGGUGGUGAAUAACUGAGGUCCAAAGAGGAUGUGAUGUGGGAUUGGAACUACUCACCUUUUCAACAAGCAAAUGUGGGGGGGAGGCCAGGUUUAGAUUGGGGGGGGGCUCUCCCCGCAUGCCGUAGCCCUGAUCGAGAUCACUUCCUCCACCCCACCCCCCGCUGCUUUUUCAAAAUAAAGAAGACAUAAGGAGUUCCUGUCACAGAACCUUAAUGCCUAAGACUUGGUCCUAAGACUUUGGCAUGUAGGCAAAUGUCAGUAUUUCUCCCUUUAAUGAGAGGAGUUAGAAUACCCCUGUACUACUGGAGGGAUUGAGCUAGUUUGUUGAGCAGAGACAUUAGAGGGAAAAUGAGGAUAUGAACAAAAGGAGUAUUUCCCAUACGAACAAAAUUAGACACACACAUACACACAGAGUACAGAUUAAACCCUCCCCAUCAUCUCAAGCCUUAAUGUUUAAUGUCAGAUGGCAAAAUUAUUUUUUUUAAAAAAAAGUUUUCAAAAUGACCAAAUGGUUUUCACAUUAGGAACUGAAAAGCCCAGAUUUUGGUUUCUGCUUGGGUUCAUGUGUGUGUGUUUAAAAGAGAGAGAGAGAGAAUGUGAAGGAGUAUUGCAUAGGUUGUCGGUGCAAAAUGAGCCAGAACUUGGGGUUGUUGUUGUUGUUGUUGUUUUCUUUUCCAUUUUUAAAAACAGUAUUUUUAUCCUAUUUUAAUAGGAUUUAGAUGUGUUUUGGAAAAGGAGUAUCCAAGAGCCAGGAAUUCUCAGCUAUUAGGGCCACUCAUACUUUACAUGACACUUGUGUUUUUUCACACAUGCAACAGUGUCUGGUGUCAUGAGAGUUGCAGAAUGUGAAGAAGGGAAGGUUAUGUUCUUUAAACACGUAGUGAGCAUACACCAGGAAGUCAUGAAUGUCCCAUCACGUGUCCGUGAGUUUUUGGAGAUGUUAGAUUCCUCUUUAAUGUUUUACAUAUUCAUGUGCAGUAUGGAUCAUCCCCCAAAGUAGGGUUCAGUUGAACACUACUGGUUGGGGAAGGAGGUUUGUGUGAAAUAGGAACGUCAGGGAGCAUCUUGCUGGUGGUGGAUACCCAGAUUUCGGCUUUUAGUUGCAGAGUUCAGAAGAAAAAAGGCUGCUCUUGGGAACAGUUUACCAAGAACCAGUUCCGAUGUAACGUUUUUGCAUCUAUCACAGAUCUUGCAGCUUAUUCCUAGAAAACACUGUGAGCUGAAGUCAGAUCCCUGGAUACUUCAGGUUCACUCUAAACAUCAGCCGCUGAGUUCCUAGAAUCAGAAGGCUGGAAAGAAUCGUAAACUACUGUCCUUUCUCCUAUGCCGCAAGAUAGGAUGGGAUCGUCUCUCCGCUUUCCUCUGCUCUUUACCGCUGAAUCGGAACAAACAUCAGUUGGGUUUUCCCACAGAUUGCAAAUUCGCAAUUCAGCGUUAGAGAGCAGGUUUCCCUGGGGAAAUCAGCGGGGCAAAUGGAAAACCAAGUUUUCUAGGACAAGUGAAGUGUGGAUGAGCCUGCUGUCAGCCUGCACAUUCCACACCACAGGCUGGAAAGAAGUAGCUUCAAAGCACAAAGCUCUCUGUUCCUUUAGCAAGGGAAGCAGGCCGCAUGCUGGAAGGAAAAUAAUAGGAGAGCCCUCCAGCAUCAAUGGCUGCUUGCACACCUUACACCGUAAGCGCAUGGCUGAGGAGUGAUUUGCUCUUGGUUGCUUGUCUGUAUCGCCUUACCAGGUACCACACUUCUCACCCAACAAUGGAAGCAGGAGAUGAAUUGAUAAAAUGCCCCACCACCUGGCAGAAAAAUACAAGCAACCAGUUUACCAAGUGGCGACAGGCGCACCACAGCGACAUUACCCCUUGGUGAACUGGAAUGCAGGGACAUGGGUACUAUCAGAAGUUAUUAUUAAAUUUGCCAGACAGUUGUGUAUUAAAGAGAUAGUGCCCUAAAACCUAAUAGCCACUUCCUCCCCUUUGAUUGUCUUAGGGCUUGGUGCAUCAGCAGACCAAAGUGGUACAUACAUACAGGUGCAUCAAGAGAGGGUUCCAGCAGUCCUACUCACCUGGUCCUCCUUCUGUGUCCAAGCCUAAGCCUACCUUGCCACUCCAUCCUCUUCCCCUGUGCCCUUCUCAGCCAAGUGGUAGACCCCCCACAGCUGCUUCCCUCUCUGAAUGCCACCUCCUUGUGUAGCCUAGGCCUGUCUCAGUUCUGCAAGCUUUCACGCAGUGGUCUUUUCCCAGCCCUGCAACUUGAGCUCCUCUAAUUGGAGAUGGCAGAAACUGAACUUGGGACGUUGCACUCACCAGGCGUGUGCUCUGCCACCACUUAAGCAGCGGCCCCGCUCCCCCGAGCCCCGCUGCAUCAAGUGUUGGGCAGUUCUCCUGGCUACACUUCUAAGAAGUCUCUUCUUUGCUUGGGGCACCACAAACUCUAAAGGCUGGGGGGGGGGGUGCCAAACAAUGCAGAUGACCCUGGGCUUCAUGUCUGGGUUAUGAACUUCCCAAAGGAAUCUGGCCUGGCUUCUGCUCGUAUUCCGAAGAGUUGGCUGCACAAGGUUAUGCAAUGCAGUGCCAUUUCUUUGCGGCCAGGGGUGGUGGUAUUCUACUGCAGAAGUUUUCAACCUUUUUAGGUCCACAGCUCCCUUGAACAACUAAAUUCAUUCUGCGGCACUCCUGUGGGGCUCAGGAGCCUAGUUAUGCCACCCCUUGCCUGCAGCCCUUCACCCCUUUUCAAACACCAUUGAAUGUUCCCUCAGCCUCUUCUCUGCUCACCUCUCCUUGAGAGUCCUCUGGGCAGCCACAGCUGUCGCCCCUCAUCUCUGAACUGCCCCCCCACCUCAAAGAGGAGUGCCUCCUCGCACUGCUCCACAUGGGUCUGAGGAGCACCCCCUAGCCAGCCCCAGAGGCACCAUUCGCCUGGGGAGCUUAUAGCCAGGGCUGCUGCAAUAAAUAGCUGUGCAAGCCUUUGGGAGGGAGAGAUGUGAGAAGGCAUCAGAGGAGGGAAGGAAGGAACAGAGGCCAGUGUUGCCCGCAGCAUCCCUGACCAUCAUUCAAGGCACCCCAGGGUGUCACGGCGCACUGGUUGAAAACCACUGUUCUUCUGUGUUUAAGAGAGCUGUCAACAGACUUUAGUAUUAUAAACCCAAUAACUUGAGGGCACUCCUGAAUGCAAACAUAUACCCAGCAGCUGUCCCACAAGGAUAAUUAUGGACCCUACUGGAAUAAAAACAGCAAGGUUGCUGGCCACGAUGAAGCAACAAGCCACUCUAAUCUAUGCAAAAGUACUAAUGGAGUGGCUCAGUUCUUCUUGGGUUUCUUUGCCUGCUUCUGGUUCCUGUGCUGUGCUUGUUUCUACUGUAUGACAAGGAGGGAGCCCAUAGCACACGCGCGCACACACACAGCACCAUAGUUUCCUUGCUGCAGUGGUCUCCUUGUUGCAGCUUUGAAAUGUACCUUCCUGUCCCAGGGGACACUAAAACCCAUUUCCAUUCAUGGCAGACAACAUCAAAAACGUAAAAUAGGUUCGUUCAAGGAAUCAGGACAGGUUCGCCCUACUCCAAAAGGAGUUACGGUUCCUAUAACAAGCAUAUUUAAAGUGUCAGGGUGUAGAUCUCACGGGUUCCUUUAUGCUUCAGAGAAUGCACACAAAAUGACAUUUCUCUCCAUUCGUGUGGCUUUUCAAACAUGAGCUUUUGGGCCGUUCCCCAAGCCAGUAGACGAAACUCAGAGAGCAACCUGGCAAGAAGAAGCAACCAGCUCUGAUUUGCUCCCCACUUCGGUGGCAUUUUGAGAGAGGACUCUAGAUCCAGCCUAAGAGAGACUUAGGCUGGAUCUAGACGCAUCAAAGAAACAUUUCAGUUAAGCGCAUUGCAAACUUUGUAUGGGAAAUUGCGUUGGCCCAAACGGCCACCUGGUGUCACAGUGUUAGAAUGCAUAAACGACGUAUAUAAAGCGUUGGGUUGUUUUUUUCUUUGCCAGUGUAGCUGAGUCCUGGGGAUGAGGACAGAUAUAAUUUUGGUACAGUGCAGGGGCCAAUCUGUAAGCAUCUUCACUGUGUUCAAGACAAGUGCAAGUCUUUCUCUCUAGUGCCAAGUUUUGUGUGUGUGAGGGGGAUAGUUCUGCAAGCACACUUUGGAUUUUGCCAAUUGGCUAGUGCCCGUGACUUCACCAAGGCACACACUCCAACCUCCAGAUCAGGCCAUAUCCACGCUUCCACUUGUCCGGUGCCCAGAAAGCAAGGGUCUCAGCAGUUUCCCGCUUGACCUGUGCUUUCCCCUUUGCGCCAUUCAUUUCCCAGGGAAAUCUCACUCAUUAGGAGUGCCGGCAUCCUUAAUGAAGUCAGGCGGGAGGUGGGAGGGCACGGUUUGGGGAAAACUGACUCCCAAGCCAAAUUGGAACCUGUCCUACACCUAGUUAGGCCUGUAGGGUAGAGAUUCCCCCACACCUCCAUUAGAAGGCAGAGAAAGGACAGGUUUGGAGAUAAGAGGGCUAGCAGAUUCUGCGAGAAAGCAGGGGGAAGCACUACAUUCAGGACUGGGAGGGCUUGUUACAAGCCCUAGAAAGUUUGAAGAGCCAUGACAGGUAUACACUUUAACCUCAUUUGGGGAUUGAGUCUGUUUUGGUGCUAAACUGGACAGGGCACCUCUAGUUUGCACACUUUUGGAGAGGAGCUGAUACACUGGGAGCUGGAGCUGGUGAUGGGAAUAUCACCCAUGAGAACAGGUUCCUUUGGCCUCCAACCCUCUAGCAAUUCAGCAGACUCUGCAAACAGACUUAUGGGUGUGGGUACAAUUUUUACAGUACCCACCUACCCCUUACUGCAGUCACAGCGAGUUUGCCGUAAGAAAUGUGUUUUUUAUUUCGUCCAUUUGCCGUUAUUUUUGCUUCACGCGGAGACCUGUAGUCUUGCUUUGUUUAUGCAAUGUUAAAACCACAGCAAAGUCAUGAGAUUCCAGCCCUCUGCUCCCAAAGUGUGGCAUCAAGGAAGAAGCCCUUACAAAGAGAAUGGGCCUGAUUCGAUUAAGGAGGAAACUCAUGUGUAGAAUGAGAGGGUCUCCUACCUAAACUUGGACGGUGUUAACAAACUACGUUUCUGUAGCAUGAUACUCUCAACAUGGAUGGAAAACAAAACCCCCAGCUACCACCCAGCAUUCUUGAUUUCCUCUUGCACCUUCCGUUUCUGUUGGAUGUUACCUAUGCCUUUCUGUUGUAGGGUCCCCCCGAAUGUUUACUUUUCUGUAAGGUUCUCAGUUUUAGCUGAUGCCACCCUUCCUGUAUGGCUCUAAUUUCAACAACCCACUGGCUUGUCCACUGUGCUCCCCUCUGCUUUUCUUUCUGAGUCGAGGCUCUCCAAAGAUAACGCCCAUCGCUCAUGUCUCUUUCCCUGUAUUAUUCUCAGUCCUCCUGAUAUCUGGCCUAUCACUGUGCUUUCCGUUCCAGGUUUUACAAUGGUGCAUCACUGUGCUUCCCUUUCUGGAGAUACAAAGUAGGUUAAAAUACUUUACUGGACCAACCUAGGGCCAUUUCACUCUUUGCGUCUGUAAUGUGCACAACAGAAAAUACGUUGCAGGUACCUAUAUUUUUGAAAAAAUGAUGUGGACAUGUGACAGACACAUAUUUUUAACAGUGUGUAUACACACCAGGGAGCCGCAGUUGGUGUUAGCUUCCCACCGUGUCUCCACACACUGACUCACAAGGUGUGAAGACAUCCCUAGGUUGGCAUAGGAGUAUGAAAACCUUUUGAGUUUCAAGCAAUUCCUUAUCGGGCAGAUAGAGAGCAUGCAAAUUACCAAUAGGUGAAAUGUUUGCAUUCCUGAUAACGGGCUGUUUAUUUACAAGCUAGAAAAAUCUGCAUUGCCUAUACUGGGCUGUUUGUAAAGCUACAUUCCAAAAAUGGCUGGAGAAACGCACCCUAACAACACACAUCUCAGCGGUCAGCAUUUGCAAAACAGGGCAUUGGAGAUGUAAUUGUAGCGAGCAAGAGAUCUCUGCUCUUUAAACCAUUUCCUUCCCUUUCUCUCCCUGAAAAAGUGUUCUAGGUUCAUCUUCAUCCUGUGUGGUUCUAGGUUCAUCAACAUGCUUCCCAUCCUCAUGGUUCAGAGUUGUCCUAUAUCAGCUCAAUUGCUAUGCCUCUCUUUCUGAGUAGUUAUACCCAGGCUUGCAACUGGUUGUCCCUAUGGCUAUGCUUCCUUUCCUCCCUUUCGGAAAUCUCCCUGCCCUAGCCCUGUGGUUUGCUUCUCCCACCUUCGCUCUUCAUUGCCCUGCCCACAAUGGUAGAUCUGGGGGAAUGUAGGGAGUUCCAUGCCAAGCGCUGGGCGCACUUCGAAUCCCAGCGGUGCUGCCUGCAACUUCCUUCGCUACCUUAAUAUUCCGCGUAAAGCCAUAAGACCUUCUGACCAGACUCUCGGCCUAAAGGCAGCUGCCUUCCGCUGCCCACUCCGGCGCUGGUGUUUCGAAACACUCGGCACUUUAACCCCGUUGAAGCCAUUCCUUCUGCUAAUAAUAAUAUAGCAAGAGGCUGCUUUAGGAACACAAUGUGGAUGCUUUCUUCCGUAGCCCCUUUUUUUCCUUUGUAUCCAAAGCAUUAAUGCCUUUGAACAUAGCAUAUAAUGUACUCCAGGUAGUAGGUAGGGCGCCUAGGCCAUAGCUCUCAGUAGUGUGUGUGCCCCCACCCUACCCAAAAAUGUAAAUUUUCUUCUUUUUUUAAAAAAAGGAGUGAUGUGCAACCAUGUUUGAUCUUUAAAAAACAAAAAAGUGAAAGGAAAACCCAACACAAGUGUAGGGACUUGGGCCAGUACGUUGUUCCCCCACUCCACCCUCUGAUGGUUCAAUGUAUAUUUUUGAUGUACUAUAUAUAUAAAUAUAAAUAUAUAAAAAUGUUGAGAUUUAAGUAAAAAAAAAUAUUUUGAUAACCAUUGCUCUACUGUGUUACUUGGUCAAUAAAUGGAACACAGGUGAAUGAAGAACAACUCUCGGCUCAUUGGUUUGUUGUCGGAUGAUCGGACAGAGAGUGGCUCGGGCAAGACCUUAACCACAAGCUGGACUGGCAUAGCGUGAUCUGUAGCCGUCUCAAAAAGUGUCCGGAGCCUUUUGAAUCCCUUUGUUGCCGUUGUGAGUUUGCAUUGCCUGUUGGCAUUGGGAUUUGCCCCCAUUUUCUCUCUGGCUCUGCGGCAGAUUGAAGCAGCAUUGUAAAAUGGGUAGAGAGAGCUCGAGUCUAAGGUCUACACAAACUGGUCUACACAGUCAGCAAAAUGGGGUGGUAAAUCUGGACUGCACCACUUCAAAUUGUAGCUGGGUGGAAUCUCUUCCCCUAUACAAAAGAAAUAUACGUCUGGAUAUGGGAAACGACAUCUGGGAUGAAGGGUUCAAUUCUAGGUUUAACCCUUAUAAAGGUAAAGGUACCCCUGAACAUUAGGUCCAGUCGCGGGCGACUCUGGGGUUGCGCACUCAUCUCGCUCUAUAGGCCGAGGGAGCCGGCGUUUGUCCGCAGCUUCCAGGUCAUGUGGCCAGCAUGACUAAGCCGCUUCUGGCGAACCAGAGCAGCGCACAGAAACGCUGUUUACCUUCCCACUGGAGCGGUACCUAUUUAUCUACUUGCACUUUGACAUGCUUUUGAACUGCUAGGUGGGCAGGAGCUGGGACCGAACAACGGGAGCUCACCGAACAACGGAGAUUCGAACUGCCGACCUUCUGAUUGGCAAGCCCUAGCCUCUGUGGUUUAGACCACAGCGCCACCCGCGUCCCUUAACCCUGAUGUUGUUGUUGUUUAGUCGUUUAGUCAUGUCCGUUUAGCCGUGUCCGACUCUUCGUGACCCCAUGGACCAGAGCCUGCCAGGCACUCCUGUCUUCCACUGCCUCCCACAGCUUGGUCAAACUCAUGUUCGUAGCUUCGAGAACACUGUCCAACCAUCUCAUCCUCUGUCGUCCCCUUCUCCUAGUGCCCUCAAUCUUAACCCUUAUAUUGGAGGACAAUCUGCUCCUGCAGAGUGUUGCUGAAAUACAACUCUCAGAUGCCACCCCUACUUCUACCAUUGUCCAGAU